UCUCUGUGUUAUCUUGAAUUCAUUUGCAUUUCCUCAACAUAGCUAUUUUGAAUUCUCUGUCUGAAAGAUUACAUAUCUGUUUCUCCAGGAUUGCCCUGAUACCUUAUUUAGUUAAUUUGGUGAGGUCAUGUUUUCCUAGAUGGUAUUAACGCUAGUAUUCUUCAGUGUUUGGGCACUGAAGAGUUAGGUAUUUAGUGUAGUCUUCACUGUCUGGGCUUAUUUGUAGCCAUCCUUCUUGGAAAGGCUCUCCAGAUAUUUGUAAGGACUUGAGUGGUGUGAUCCAAGCUGUAUCUGCUUUAGGGGGCACCCCAAGCCCAGUAAUGCUGUGGUUCUUGUACACUUGUCCAGGUACCACCUUGAUGGUCUUGGACAAGAUCUGGAAGAAUUCUCUUGAUUACCAGACAGAGACUCUUGUUCUCUUCCCUUACUGUCUCCCAAACAAAGUCUCUCUGUUUUGAGCCACCCAAAGCUUGUGGUAGAAUGACACAAGCACCCCUAUGGCUUCCACCACUGUGACUGCAUUGGGUCAGACAUGAAGCUAUAACAGCACUGGGUCUUGCCAAGGCCUGCUAUAACCACUUCCUGGCUACUGCCAUUGUUUCCUCAAGGCCCUAGGGCUCUACAAUCAGCAGGUGGCAAGGCCAGCCAGGCUUGUAUCCUUCUCUUCAGGGUGGUGAGGUCCCCCAGGCCCCAGGUGAGUACUUAGUGCCCUCUGGGAAUCAGGGAUUAGAGUCAAAAACUUUAGAAGUCUACUUGGUGUUCUAUUGCACUGCAGCUGAGCUGGCAUUCAAACUACAGGAUCCAGUCCUUCCCACUCUUCCUUCCCUUUCCAAAGGCAGAGAAGCCUUAUCCUGUAGCCACCGCCACCCCAGGCCAUGAAGAGUAUUGCCAAACUACCAAUGACAUUCUCUUAAGGACCAAGGGCUCUUAAGUCAGCUUAUGGUGAAUGCUGCCUCGCCUGGUACUCAUCCUUCAGGGCAGUGGGCUCCCCUCUGGGCCAGGGCAGGUCCAGAACUGCCAUACAAGAGUCAAGUCCUAGAAUUGGGGACACCAAGAGUCUCCCUUGGUGCUCUAACCUGCUGUGACCAUGCUGGUAUCUAAGGUUCAAGGCAAUGUCCCCAUUGCUUUUCCCUUUCAAGCAAAAGGAGUUUUCCCCCAUAGCUACCCCAGCUGGUAAUAUGCUGAGUCUCACCUGAAACCUGCAAGUCACACAGGCUCACUCAAGGCCCUCAAUGUAGUAGCUAGGUAUUGCUGCUGAUUAUUUAGAGCCCAAGGGCUCUUCAGUUAGCAGGUGAUGAAUGUUGCCAGGACUGGGUAUUUUCCUUCAAGGCAGCAGGUUCCCUUCUGGCCCAGGGUGUGUCUAGAAAUGUCACUUGGGAGCUAGAACCUGGAAUGAGGGCCUCAUGACUCUGACUGUUGCUCUGUCCUGCCAAGGCUGAGAUGGUAUCCAAGAUGCAAGACAAAGUCCUCCCCACUCUUCACUCUCCUCUCCUCAAGGGAAAGGAAGGGGUCUCCUUUGAAGCAAUGAGCUGUGUGGCUUCAGGUUCUUUGCAGGGUCGGGGUCAGGGGAUGAUGCCAGUAUUCCCUUGGCUGCCCCAGCUGGUGUCUCAGUGUGUCAUGUGCCCCUCAGUCCACUGUCUCUGGGCCUAGUUGAGCACUAGGAUUUGCCUAAGAGUUACAGUCCUUAUGGCCUAGACUGCCUUUCAAGCUUACCUGGAGGCACAGCGUACUAUAGCCCUCGGUGGCAAGAUGUAUAGGAACUCAAGUUCUGACUACUGGGAUUAGCAAUUCCCCUGUGUCUAGGGCUGGGUUAAAUGCUCCCUCUGUGGGUGGGGAUCAGCUGAGUUUGGUUCAGUUUUCCUCACUGACCCAACAGGACAGCACUAAGUUCAAUGCCUCACAAUUGCUGUGUUUUCCCUCCCCCAGUGCCCGGAGAGGCUCUCUGCACCAUGAUGGAGGGGUGGCAUUGCCAAUUCAGGACUGUUGUUUCUAGCUCUUCAGUGACUCAGCCACAUGAAGUUAAAUCUAGGUACGAUGAGUGCUCAUCUGAUUUUUGGUUCUUAUGAAGGUGUUUUUUCUAUGUAGAUAGUUGUUAACUUGGUGUUAUUGGGUGGGGGACAAUGGGUGGAGCCUUCUGUUCCACCAUCUUGCUCCGCCUCCUCCAGUUAUCUGUGUUUUGCACACAUAUCUGAGCAGUAGGUCAUAGAUUUGAAGCUUCUGAUUUAAACUUAAAUGUGUCUGAGAAUAUUUAUCCUUAGGACACUUAUGUGUGCAUUUGCAUGUUAUUGCUAUAAUAACUGCCUCAUGGUGAUUGCAAAACGUAAAACAAGGAGGGUUUAAGCACAGGGGUGAGUUAGAAAAGUACUGAAGGAUUUAUAGUUAGUAGGGAGGCUUAACAGUGGGAUAUGUCAAGCACAUUAAGUUGUUCCUGAGUUUGCAAAUAUUUUUCUCUGUGAUUAGGCCAUCUGUGUUUGCUAAUUGGGGCCCAUCAAAGUUAGGCUUCUACCCUCCCACAGGAACUGGGAGUUGGGGGUGCUAUCUUUGAUGAUUAUAUAUCAAAGAGAUAGCUCCCAGGUCCUUGAGGAAGACAUUCCUGAGUUGUAAAACCGUCAAGAAGCUUUUUAUAAAAACACCUCUCAAAGGAGGCAGAGGAAGAACUUACAAUUCCAAGUUUUCUGAAACAAAUGCUCUAAGAAACAAGAAAACAAGUAGUCAGGGCCUACAGUUAGUAAGAAGCCCGUCUAAAGUUCAGUCAUGCUGAGGAGAACGUCAAUGCCAUCUCAGUCAUAAAGUUAUGGUAAAUGUUGAUGUUUAAAAAGCUAUACAUCAGUAGGUCAGUUUUAAACAAAUAUUAAUGUUAGAUGUUUACAGCCCUAACUUAGAAUCCCCCUCUCCUUGCCCCAACUUCCUCCCAAUUACCCAGUGCAUCAGGAUACCAUGGGAUGUCAGUGGUGGUGACUAGGUAAGAAUUCUAUCCUUUCAAGAACCUGAAGGAGAAACCUGUGCUGCCCCUAUAUAUUCCACUCUCCCAGGGGACUCUGCCUGCCCCAGUGUCUACCAACGGAUGCUUAAUACUGUACUAGUGCCAUGUGCUUUCACCAGCUGUGCAACCUUGGGCAACUUAUUCAACCACUCUGAGCCUUGGUCUCUUCAUUUGUAAACAAGCAUAGUAAAUACAUACCACACAGCAUUGUAUUAGGAGUAAGUCUGAUCUGUGUAUAGCACUCAACACAAUGCUUGGCAUACAGUAAUGACUCAAGAAAUAAUAACUAUCAAUAAUAACUAACUUAUUUCAGCCAGAAAGUAAGUUAAAAGUAUUAUGGCUUAAAUCUACUGAAAUUAAAGCAGAAGAAACGAUCAAUGAGGCAGCAACUACUUCCAAAGUGCCAUGUCCUAUCCUCUGCAACUUUACCCAAUUUUCUGCCCAACUUUCCAAGUCCUGUUCCCUCAAACUUAAAAUAUUUUCCCAUGCAGAUCUCAAAUCUUCAUGUUAUUUAGCCCAAGGGUGUAAUGCAAUUUUAAAAAUUACAAUGUUUUGUUUUAUUUUAUUUUCCUCUUUAUCACUUGUAGCAUUUUACCCCAAAAAAACCCAUGUGGGAGUUAACUGACUUUUCAGGAAUCCUGUGCAAAAUUCUCUACCCUAAAAUGUUCUCCUUUGUUUGUGCCUUGGUAGCAACUCCAGACUUUUCAGGAUUUGGACUCUGCUUUAGAAUUGUGCUUAGAUUGUCUCCACAAAAGUGGUCCGUUUCCUCAUCCAAUGAGCUCUGCCUGCUUGUCUGUGUGACACUCCAGUGGAAGGAAGCCAAGAGCCUAUAGUAGCGAUCCUGGGGAAUAUUUCAGCAGCUGGGGCCAUGUAAUUUAAAACCUCUGAAAAGUGUGCUGCAGUCCGUGCACAGCAUUAGUAUAACGCGAGGGCUGAAUGCAGCCCGUUCUCCGGAGAACUUCCUCACUCCCUGCAGCAAAGAGAAGACUGAAAGACAAACCUGGGUGCAGCCGGAGAGGUCCAGAUAGAUGAGCUUGUGGCAUCCAUUCCCCAAGUUCAGAUGGUGAUUAACUGCUACGGAGAAAAAAUGAAACAAGAAAAGGAAUUGGGAGCACCCAACAAGUGGGAGGGAAUGUGAUUUAAAAUGGGUCUGAACAGGAAGUUUUCACUGAAAAGGUAACACUUGAGCCAAGAUGUGCAGGAGAUGACAAGGGCAGUGCCAUUGACCUCAAGCAUCUCUGGAGCCUACAUUCAACAUGGGACUCCACGUACCCCAGCUGGGUCUCAUUGUUCCAGAACUGCAUUAGUUAAGAUUACCCAAACUUGGAUUUCAAAGGAAUACUUUCAUUGUUCCAUCUGUCACACGAAGUAAUUGGGGCCAGCUGGAUGUCAGGAUGCGCGUGGUUACCAUUGUAAUCUUGCUCUGCUUUUGCAAAGCUGCUGAGCUGCGCAAAGGAAGGCCAGGCACUGUGAGAAGCCGAGUGAAUCAUGGCCCUGCGGGUGGAGGCCGGAGAGGCUCCAACCCAGUCAAACGCUACACACCAGGCCUCCCAUGUGACGUGUACACAUAUCUCCAUGAAAAGUACUUAGAUUGUCAAGAAAGAAAAUUAGUUUAUGCGCUGCCUGAUUGGCCUCAGGAUUUGCUGCACAUGCUGCUAGCAAGAAACAAGAUCCGCAUAUUGAAGAACAACAUGUUUUCCAAGUUUAAAAAGCUGAAAAGCCUGGAUCUGCAGCAGAAUGAGAUCUCUAAAAUUGAGAGUGAGGCGUUCUUUGGUUUAAACAAACUCACCACCCUCUUACUGCAGCACAACCAGAUCAAAGUCUUGACAGAGGAAGUGUUCAUUUACACACCUCUCCUGAGCUACCUGCGUCUUUAUGACAACCCCUGGCACUGUACUUGUGAGAUAGAAACGCUUAUUUCAAUGUUGCAGAUUCCCAGGAACCGAAAUUUGGGGAACUAUGCCAAGUGCGAAACCCCACAAGAACAAAAAAAUAAAAAACUGCGACAGAUAAAAUCUGAACAGUUGUGUAAUGAAGAAGAAAAGGAACAAUUGGGCCCGAAACCCCAAGUGUCAGGGAGACCCCCCGUCAUCAAGCCUGAGGUGGACUCAACUUUUUGCCACAAUUAUGUGUUUCCCAUACAAACACUGGACUGCAAAAGGAAAGAGUUGAAAAAAGUGCCAAACAACAUCCCUCCAGAUAUUGUUAAACUUGACUUGUCAUACAAUAAAAUCAACCAACUUCGACCCAAGGAAUUUGAAGAUGUCCAUGAGCUGAAGAAAUUAAACCUCAGCAGCAAUGGCAUUCAAUUCAUUGAUCCUGCUGCUUUUUUAGGGCUUACACAUUUAGAAGAAUUAGAUUUAUCAAACAACAGUCUGCAAAACUUUGACUAUGGCGUAUUAGAAGACUUGUAUUUUUUGAAACUCUUGUGGCUCAGAGAUAACCCUUGGAGAUGUGACUACAACAUUCACUACCUCUUCUACUGGUUAAAGCACCACUACAAUGUUCAUUUUAAUGGCCUGGAAUGCAAAACACCUGAAGAAUACAAAGGGUGGUCUGUGGGAAAAUACAUUAGAAGCUACUAUGAAGAAUGCCCCAAAGACAAGUUACCAGCAUAUCCUGAGUCAUUUGACCAGGACACAGAAGAUGAUGAAUGGGAAAAAGUACAUAGGGAUCACACUGCAAAGAAGCAAAGUGUAAGAAUUAUUAUAUUGGGAUAAGAUAGAAAUUUUUCUGAUUGUAAUUAGUUUUGUAUUUUCCAUACUGGUGUUAGAAAACAUAUGUUUACAUUUUUGAUUAACUGUGUUGCCUAUUUAUGCAGGGUUAUCCAGCUAAAGGAAGCUUUCUUUAAUGAUGAUAAGUAUUAUUGUUGACUCUUAUAGUAAUCAAGAGAAUACUGACAUCCUGCUUGCCUGUCCAUUUGUGGAACAGCAUCUGGUGAUAUGUAAUUCCACACCAGUAACCUGCAGCAGCUGGGUCCUAAUGAUGGCAUUAGACUUUCAUAAUGUCCUGUAUAAAUGCUUUUACUACUUUCUGAAAAUAAAAAAAAAAAACUUGGUUCAUUUUUACAUGCCUUUUGAUAGCUGUGCAUACCUAAAGAUGAUCAAAAUGAUUUUAUACAAAAAGUAGAGGGGUGGGUCAUUCCCCACCCCUCUACUUUUUUUCAGUAAAUCAUCUUAAAAUUUAAAUAAAUUUUCAUUUCUGAUUUCUGUACAUUCCAAAA